UCAGACGGGCGACUCGGCGCUGAGACCUCUGUGAAGACACCGAGCUCGCUGAGGGGAUCGAGAGGAGGAGGAGGAGGAGGAGGGAGCUGCUGACAGAGCUGUGGAUUUCAAAAUCGAUGAGUCGCCAAGAGCUGGAAAUCCCCCCCCAGAGGAGGUUCAUCGGGUGGAGCUGGAACUAAGGUGGAGCCCCGCGGCCGCUCUUCACCAUCGAGCAUGAAUCACGAAUGCAGAGGUCUUAAGAGAUGUUCCAUGUUCUGCCGGCUGCGGUUUCACUCUUAACGUUCACACUGAAACUCGCAGGAUAAACCCAAAACUCUAAACAGAGAUUCAACUGGAGAUGUGCUGGUGCUGGCGCCGUGGGACCAAUGCUGAUGAGUUCUGGACGAAGUUCUGGUCUCUGAGCCCGUAGCGUCGGGAGGUGGAGCCGAGGAGCCGAGGAGCCGAGGAGCGACCGCGCCUCCUCCUAUGAAACUGAUUUUACUUUGAAAUUCAGAUCGCGGCCUCGAGAUGGCGGGAAAAGACUACAACCAUCUGUUCAAGCUGCUCAUCAUCGGAGACUCCAAUGUGGGGAAGAGCAGCCUCCUGCUCCGCUUCGCAGACAACUCCUUCUCUGGCAGCUACAUCACCACCAUCGGCGUGGACUUCAAGAUUCGAACCGUGGACAUUGAGGGCGAGCGGGUGAAGCUGCAGAUCUGGGACACAGCGGGUCAGGAGCGGUUCCGAACCAUCACGUCAACGUACUACAGAAACACCCACGGUGUCAUCAUUGUUUACGAUGUGACGAAUCCAGAGUCGUUUGUGAACGUGAAGCGCUGGUUGAACGAGAUCUCCCAGAACUGUGACAACGUCUGCAAGAUCCUGGUGGGGAACAAGAGCGACGACCCCGCCCGCAGGCAGGUGGAUACCCAGGAUGCAAUGCGCUUCGGGGAGUCGGUGGGAGUUCGGGUCUUUGAGACGAGUGCCAAAGAAAACAUAAACGUAGAGGAGAUGUUCAUGGCCUUCACCCACAUGGUUCUCCGAGCCAAGAAGCAGAGUCAGAACCGGGCCGAGCGGGAGCGCGAGCGGGAGAAGGGCACGGUGAACAUCAACGCCCACAGGGACCGGGACCGCCGGAAGAGAGGCAAGAAGUGCUGCUGAGACGGGGACGCACGCCGAGGACGCUCAUCGCUUACAGAAGAAGACGAGUGUCUCAUCUGCAGAUAUGAAUGUGAGAAACUGUGGUUCACUCCUGACUGCGCCAAGUUUCAACACAACAGUCGGGUCCCACUGCUCAGCUGCUGCUGUCAGUCCUGAGGGAUCAGGCCCAGUCCACACGGGACACUUCACCUCUAACAUGCAUCACGGUCACGCCUGCAGUUGUCCAGCGCCUGAAACAGAAGUUUGUAAACGCUGCUGAUCUCGUGUCAGUUUGAAAACUCUGAACAGAAACUGAGACGCACACGUUCUCUUCCUGGUUGGUUCUCGUCAGUCACAUGACUCGACUCCACUUCUGUUACCAAGCAACCAACUGCAAGGACUAUCUACUUCCUGUCUACAUCACAUGACCAGUGGAUGUGAACAGUCAUGUGACGUGUGUUUCAGGUGUGUUUACUGUUUUCAGUUUUAAACUAAAACGUUGCUGUGUGGGCGGAGCCUCGAUCUGUCAUCAGUGACUUCCUGCAGCAGCUGAGGACAGUGAGAGAAUCGUUGUGAUGUUUAUUAGAUGGAAGCAGGUUGUAGUGUUUGAGUCUCAUGUUGAAACGAGGAGCUCAGACAUCUGCACUUCAAGUUUAUUAUUACUUUGCAUUAAUGUGGUGAAUGGUUUAUUGAUUAAUGAUUAAUCUUUCAGUGUUUAAAAUGAGAUGUUUACAGAUUCCUAACUUCCAGUCUUUAACGUGCUUGAUAUGUUGGACGUGUUCCAACCUGGAGUCUAUUUAAAUAUUGGAGAAACAGAAAAUCAGUAUUUGUUUGAAAAUGAGCUUUGAGUUUUAUCUUGGACAUGAAAUCUGAGUCGAGGCGUCACAGUGAUGAUCGUUCUGUAGUGAAACCAGUCGUGAGUCAGUCUCAGCUCCACAAACCACUGAUUCCAACAAGACUCGGCAGGAACAUGAAGACGUGAACGUACAUGUCCCAUCUGCUAACAUGGAGGAGGCAGGGUGACAUCACUUCCUCUCGUCCAGAGUGAAACAGAAAAACUCUGAAACCCACAACACUACAAUCUGCUUUUAAAUAGACCUGAGAUAUAAACUAACUGUAAUGAAAACACUGUCAUGGUCCCUUAACGUUGCUCUAGUGAACCACUGAGUUUUGCCUUUUUGUUCUAACCAGUGUGGUACCACUGAAAGGGAACUGGUUGUUGUCGUUACUAAAUCGUAAACGUGACACACUGACAGUUGUGUUCAGUCUCGAUGCACGUUUGCCUUGUUUCAGUUAAUAACGCCAGUAAACUCCGACUACACGACAAAAUGUUCCAGUUGUUUGUUGUUUUUAAUGUAAAUCUGUCGCCGAGCAAAUGUGUCCAAAUCCAAAUAAAGCAAUAAAUCCAGA